AUGUCGCGCUCGCCCCGCGCACGCACCGAGGAGGACGCCCCGCCCACGGACUGGCUGGGCGAGCUGCCGCCGGAGCUGCACCUCCGCAUCCUCGAGGGCGUCGACGACUUCUCCGACUGCGCCGCCUUCAGCCUCGCAUCGCCGCGCCUCGGCCUCCUCGCCCUGCGCAGCGGCCUGGCGCGCUUCAAGGACCCCCUCUUCGCCGUGGCGAUGCGGCUGCUGCUCGUCCAGCGCCGCUGCGCCGACCCCUUCGUCACGGUGUCGGCAACGCUCAAUGAGGUUAUCCUCCGCAGAUACGCCGCCGACCGCUGCGCCAGCGCCGACCACUUCCCGUGGCUUGCGAGGGUGAGCCCGGCGCUCCGCCUCUCGUCGGAAGUGACGGCCCGCGUGCGUGACGCCUGA